AUGUCGGUUGCAACAGCCCGUCCAUCAUUGUCUUCAAAUGAUACGUCCGUCCUGCAAGCCUUAUUCGACGCUGAAUCGGCGCCUUCCUCUGGCGUGAAAAUUGACUCGCAGCUUCCACCGUGGCCUGCUACUCUCAACAUCUCCCCAGCAGACCUCGACUCCCUCAAGGCCCAGGAGACGCAAAUCGUCCGCAAGUUGCACUCCAACGAGUCACCGCAGCGUGAGCAUGUAGAAUCAGCACUUCAUAGCUUGGACGGCCUUCUUAACGAUUAUCCCUCUUAUCCGUCGGCAUAUGCAAACCGCGCUCAAGUUUUGCGGAUCCUGGUCGAUCUUCAGUCCGAUAGGACAAAUUCCCAUUCUCCCGAGACGAUACCCAGGGACGACCUCUUCCGCCUCGAGUCUGCCGAGCUUUGCGAUCGCAUUCUUUCCGACAUUGGAAAAGCGAUUUCCUUGGCAACUCCGGCGUCACCUGCAGAUCCUGUAUCGCCAACACAAGCACGGCUACUCGCCGACGCACACACCCAUCGAGGAUACCUGCUGUUGAAAGCAGCCCGAACAAAGAAGACCGCCGGAGGAGUUGGCUUUGGAGCUGGCCUCCCCUCUCGUCUCUGCAAUCUCAAUGCGGACCAGUUAGAGGAAAUGGCAAGCCGUGACUUCUUCUUUGGUGGGCGAUAUGGAAACAAAGUCGCGCAACAACUCUCGGUCCAAACAAACCCGUACGCCAAGAUGUGCGGCGCGAUCAUGAAAGAGGCCAUGAUGAAAGAGAUGCGUGGGUGA